AUGCUCAAGUGGCCCCGCAUCCAAUUCUACGAACUGGGUGACCAAUCCUGGCUCCCAGGCUGGCUGCACCAACACGAGCAGUUCACGCUCACGCAGCUCUGGCACCUGUCCAUCCCCGGAUGGAGCCACGGCAGCCUAGCCACCCAGGCCUGCACCGUCAUCCGUGAGUAUCUGCCGGAUGUGUCGUCGUACCUGUUCGUCGACCUCUGCGCCGGCGCCGGCGGGCCCACCCCGUUGCUCGAACGGGCACUCAAUCGAACCCUCGAGCAGACCAACGGCAGCGACAGCAGCGAUCGGCCGGUCCGAUUCCUGCUCACCGACCUUUUCCCUCACCUUGAGGCCUGGAAGGGCAUCACCAAGAAGCAGCAGAACAUCUCCUACAUUCCUUCCGCCGUGGACGCGCGGGAUGCUCCGCGCUACACCCCCAAGGAUCGCAAGGAGUGUCGCAUCUUCAACAUCUGUUUCCACCACUUCAAAGAUGAGGAUGCCCAGAAGAUCUUGCAGAAUGCGGUCGAGGAGGCGGAUGCGUUUGUGAUCUUCGAAAUCACCGCCCGGGACCUCUGGACGUGUCUGUGCUCCCCGCUGAUUUUCUUCUUCACGUACCUCGUGACGCUGCGCUGGUACUGGUGGUCGCCCGUGCAUCUGUUCUUCACGUAUGCGGUGCCGGUGACAGCGCUGGCAUUGUGGGUUGAUGGGCUCAUCUCGUGUCUGCGGACGCGAACGCCCGAGGAGAUCUCGGCGCUGUUGCAGCGGCAGGAGGUGGUGGAUGUGGCCGGAUGGAAGUUUGCGAGUGGAAGCCGGACAGUGCAGUGGCCUUUCAUUACCUUGCAUUAUUAUAUAAUAAUCAUAGGCGCCGGCCUCGGCGGCCUCACCACCGCCAUUGCCUGCACGAAGCAAAACCUCGACGUCCUCGUCCUCGAGAAGUGCCCCCACCUGCAGACCGCCGGCGCCGGCAUCCAGAUCCCGCCCAACGGCACGCGCGUCAUGCGCGACCUGGGUCUGCUCCCCCAACUUCUCCACGAAGGAGGAGCGAAAGUCCUCGAGCACGUGGAUUUCCGGCGCUACGCGUCGGGCGACCUCCUCCGGUCCAUGCCCUUCGGGGAGGGGAUUGUGCGGGAGUUCGGGGCGCCGUGGUUGAUCAUCCACCGAGCGGAUUACCAUCGCGUGCUGUAUGAGGAGGCGGUCCAGCUCGGGGUGGAAGUCAGGCUGGGAGUGGCGGUGGAGGGGGUGGAUUUUGAGGGUCCCGCUGUGCUGUUGGCGGGUGGGGAGCGGGUGCGCGGGGAUGUUGUUUUGGGGGCCGAUGGGCUCUGGUCGCAGGUUCGGGGCUGGGUGGUUGGUGGGGAUGGAGCGAUGCCUCGGGAGACUGGCGAUCUGGCGUAUAGGGUGGUGAUUCCGAGGUCGGAGCUUGAGGCUCUCCGGGAUAACAGGGUGGAGGAGCUGUGUCGGCGCGUGGCGGUUACGAGCUACCUCGGGCCCGGGAAGCAUACUAUCUUCUACCCCGUAAGGGGCGGGAGGGAAUUCAAUCUGGUCUUGCUGCGGCCAGAUGAUUUGCCGUCGGGGAGGAGGAGGGAGGAGGCUGGGGUGCAGGAGAUGCGUGAGAGUUAUGCUGGGUGGGAUCCUACGUAUGGUCGAGUGGCUCUUCUCGGCGACGCCUGUCAUCCUACCCUGCCUUAUCAAGCCCAGGGCGCGGCAAUGGCUGUUGAAGAUGGAGUCGUGCUCGGUAGACUCCUCGGGCUCUUGCAGAGCCAUCUAUCACAAUCUAGAUCCAAGGGAAAGAAUGUGUCCACCGCAGACAGCAUUGCGUCGAUCCUGAAGCUUUACGAACAACUCCGAAAAGGACGUACAACACGCAAUGUGCGGGCUGCGCGCAUCAACCGGUUCCUACUCCAUUUCGCAGACGGGAUUGUCCAAAGGCUCCGCGACUUUUUUCUGGGGUAUAUGGGCGUCACCCGCGAGAGCGACUGGAGUUGGCUCUUCUCUUUCUCAAUGAGACAGACGCUGGGUCUGGAUGUGAUUCGGGACUGUGAGGCUGCGUUUGAGGAUUGGGUGCGCAAGGAUUGA